UAACGGUGAGCCGUACCGUAACAUUGCAUCGUGCCACGUGUUUCGGUGCUGGAAAAAUCUGCCCGCUGGUAAAGCAGAAUUAAAAGAACGGUCUGAAAGUGUACUGCAUGCAUUGCACCAUACCGUGCCGUGCUCCGAAAGACAUCCUAUGUUAAUAUUUAGUGCGCCGGGAAGGAUUUGAGUUCUAUUUUUCCACCGCGGUACCGCCGAUCCUUUCGGCCGAACCUGAUCAAGCUUUCGCAUCAGGAACGGUAGCCAUUUAUUUUUCCAACAACGAACCCAACUGAACCAACUGUGCUAGAAAAUGAGCCGACCUUUCGUAAUGCUGGCGUGUCUCGCAUGCCUCGCAAACGUGUGUGUUUCGGUAAGUCUUUCCGAAACACCGGCAGACGUGCCGGAAAAUCCCGUUGAUGGUAUCGCGAGCCCCGAUGACGAUAGGCCCAAUUACAUGGCAUUCGACGAAAAUGCAUUCAACGAUAACGACCUUCCGUCGCCAGCGCCCUCGCCGACCGAUGAUUCACGGACGGCACCGGGUGGCCACAGUACGGAUGGAUUAGCCCGUGGGCUGUACGGCUGGAGUGGAAUGCCCCGAUGGCGCAUCAGCCCGGAGCUGCUGGAUGGACUGAGGGCAGCCCUCGAGGUGGAAAACGAGAUGUUUGUGCCGCGCGGUGAGCAGAUAUUCCGGACGGCGCAGAACGAGGACGAAGAGAACGGACGGUCGUUCCAGCUUGGACGAAAUCUUCCCAAACGAGCACCGACAGGAUUUACGGGCAUGCGAGGACGGCGAGUUCCUUCCGGAUUUAAUGGAAUGCGGGGCAAGAAGUCACUCUCCCUGUUCAGUUGGAACAAUCAAGCGUCUCGGGGUGGUCCCAAUUCCUACCGAGAUGGCAAACGAGCUCCUUCCGGAUUUAUGGGAAUGCGUGGAAAGAAGAACUUUGACAAUUCACAGGACGACCGAUGGAGUAUGGAGGAACUGAACUCUGAUCGUGUGGCAAAAGAAUACCCAAACUUUCUCGUACUCGAUCCUGCGUUUGGGCCCUCGAUGCACCUGAAUGCGGCACCUCCGAAAAGAGUUCCGAACGGGUUUAUGGGACUACGUGGGAAAUAAGAUCGAUGCCAAAUGAUCACCGAUAGUUACCCAGUAAGAUAGUUAUUCAACGAUCAAUGAUCUCGUGAUUGUCCUUUCUCCCUGCACACAUGGAACGCAAAUGUAUCGUUAACCCUUUAAUCUACCGUUAAGCAUCUGCUGCUGAACAUAUCAUCAUGAUCAUCAUUAUCAGUGCGGCAAGUAAAAUGUUGACACUGUGCGCGUAAUGUUCCCUUCUGUACAGUACAUUGGAGUGGGGUUGAUAGUGUGAAUUGUGCAAACUGUUUGUAAAUCUUUGACAAAACUGUUAACAAAGCCCACACACACAUACACACACACACACACGCAUAUACAUACAAACACAAAUUCAAACUAUUACACUUACAGAAUUUAUAUCAUUUCAAAAUGAAUACAA